AUGGAGAUGACCACCCCCGUCCUCAGCGAGCCCUCCCCCGACGGCGGCGGCGCGCGCAUGCAGUUCCCAAUGGAGGAGCGCUUCCCCGGCCCCGAGGCGCUGCCGGCGCCACUGGACUCGCGGGUUGAGACGAAGCGCGUAGGCGCGAGAUACGUCGCGGCCGCAAAGUUCCCCGGGUGGCCCCUCGAGUUCGAGGUCGUGGCGGCGGAGCGUGACCUGCGAGGCGCGCUGCUGCGGGACGGCCUGCAGCCGGCUAUCGGGUACCGCCUCGCUCGCUACAACGACCCCUUCACGCCGCCGUUCCUGAGGCGCAACGAGGUGCUCAUCGACCUCUCUGAUUUCGAGUGGCCCUGA